AUGGGUUCCUUAUUUAUUCAGUCACAUUUCUCUAGCCUAGUUGAGGCUCCCUAUGACGAAGCUUUUGUUGUUAUGCAAUCAGUUGCUGCAGAUAGAACCUCUGACAAGGUCAAUCUUGGUCUUGGCGUCUACAGAGACGACGAUGCACAGCCGUGGACGUUGCCGUCUGUCAAAAAGGCACAAGCCCGCAUUCAAGAUAACCACGAUUACCUACCUGUCGCGGGGCUUCCCACAUUCAUCGAAGCCGCGAGGAAACUCCUCCUUGGCGAUGUUCUCGAGGCAGUCAACAGUCGCUUGACCACCGUACAGACCAUUGCAGGAUCCGGAGCCAUUCACAUGGGAGCAUUAUUCCUGGACAAGGCAGUCAGGCCAGAGAAUGUUUGGAUCUCGGAUCCAUCGUGGGCAAGCCAUGAGCAAAUCUGGGAGAAUGCCUCCCCAAGGACUCAACGAAGGUUUUACCCAUACUUUGAUCACAAGACAAAGUCGUUUGACCUCGAAGGCAUGACGAGGACACUCAGGCGGGACGCGCGACAGGGCGACAUCAUCAUUCUGCAGGCCUGUGCCCACAACCCAACGGGAUGUGACCCAACGCAGGAGGAAUGGAAAGUCAUUGCCAAUAUUUGCGAAGAGCUCGGGAUCAUUCCCUUUUUGGAUAUUGCCUACCAAGGCUUUGCAUCCGGCGACGACCAUCACGAUGCCUGGGCCGUCCGUCACUUUGUCGGCAGAGGAACCAUGGAGGUCUUGGUCGCUCAGUCCUUCUCCAAGAGCUUUGGUCUGUACGGUCAUCGUGUCGGCGCCCUCCACAUCUUGGCACACGAUUCCGCCGCGGUUCCCGCCAUCCGCUCGAACCUGCUUCAAUUCAUCGGCUCCGAGUACUUGACGCCUUCCGCCUGGGGUGCACGGAUUGUUUCGACCAUCCUCCAUGAUCCCGAACUCACAAAGGAGUGGCGCCAGGACUUGAGAAAGAUGAACGCUCGCGUCAAGAGCAUGCGGGCGUUCCUGUUCGUCGAGCUCACAAAGCGAGGCACACCUGGCUCUUGGAGACACAUUAUUGAUCAGAUCGGCAUGUUCUCCUACACUGGUCUUACUGCCUCUCAAGUCAAAACCAUGAGGGAGCAGCAUCAUAUCUAUCUCUUGUCAACAGGGAGGGCGUCUAUAUCAGGAUUGAAUAGCAAAAACGUCUUCAGGGUUGCGGAAGCAAUUGACCACGUCGUACGAGCGGAGGCAGGCGUUUGA